AUGUUGGCUCGCUCAAUCAGGGCUACUCGCCUAGCACCGCUCAGGUUGUUCAGGACCGUUACCACGGACGCUGCGUCUUCGUAUGCGGAUAAGAGUUCUGUUCCCACAGUCGGUUUCCCCCCCUUCACUACGAUAGUUGGCAAGGGGUGGUUGGGCUAAUUGAUGUUAUGGCCUUUUUUAGGAAGACGACAAGCAAUUCACUGUCAACCUUUCCAGCGAGAGUUUCGAAAGCUACCUGAUUGAUGGCCCAAGUACUGAGUUGAAUGUAUCAAAGAACGAACUUAAGAAGAUGUACUUUGAUAUGGUUACUAUCCGGUGAGCACAAGCCUUGCCUUAUUUCUUUCUUGAGAGAUCCCGAAAUUUGGUUUCUGGAUGUUCCCCAGUAGCGCGACAGUCGGAUUCGGGGUGGGGUGGUUGUCAAAGCUUUCGGGUACUCGGGUCCAGGAUCAGGAAUUUACCCCGUCAUGUUUUCUUGUUUUUUUGUUUCCUACUUCGCAAUAGUGAAGCGGCGGUUUGCCCGAGCUACUGACGGGUUAGGAGUAUAGGCGAAUGGAGAUGGCAGCCGAUAAGCUUUACAAGGAGAAGAAGAUCCGUGGUUUCUGCCACUUGUCUACGGGACAGGAAGCUGUUGCCGCCGGUAUCGAGCAUGCUAUCACUCCCGAUGACCAGGUUAUCACUGCCUACAGGUGCCAUGGCUUCGCUCUUAUGCGCGGCGCUUCUGUUAAAAGUAUCAUUGCUGAGCUUCUUGGCCGAAGAGAGGGUAUCGCUUAUGGAAAGGGCGGCUCCAUGCAUAUGUUCACCAAGGGGUUCUAUGGUGGGAACGGUAUCGUUGGUGCGCAGGUCCCUGUUGGCGCUGGAAUAGGGUUUGCGAUGAAGUACUUGGGAAGGCCGAAUACUACUUUUGCUCUGUAUGGCGAUGGCGCUUCCAACCAGGGUCAGGUCUUCGAGGCGUACAAUAUGGCUAAGCUCUGGGAUAUUCCGGUAAUUUUCGCAUGCGAAAGUAUGGUUACCCGCGGAAAGUUAGAUCCGAUAGCGCAUAUUAUUGAUAUCUGACUGACCAUGCGGACGAAUAGAUAACAAGUACGGAAUGGGCACCUCUGCGAACAGAUCUUCUGCUCUGACCGACUACUACAAACGUGGACAGUAUAUCGCUGGAUUGAAGGUUAACGGAAUGGACGUCCUUGCCGUUAAACAGGCGAGCGCUUAUGCUAAGGAACAUACCAUUUCUGGAAAGGGUCCGAUGGUUAUGGAAUUUGUCACCUACCGUUACGGUGGCCACUCAAUGUCCGAUCCUGGUACCACUUAUCGUACACGUGAGGAAGUUCAGCACAUGCGUUCUACCCACGACCCAAUCCAGGGUCUUAAACUGAAGAUCUUGGAGUGGGGGAUUGUCUCUGAGGAGGAGUUGAAAGCGCUUGAGAAACAGGCUAGGACAUUUGUGGACAAAGAGGUCCAGGAAGCCGAGGGGGCACCUGUGCCAGACGCUACUCAAAAGACUCUCUUUGAGGACAUCUACGUCCCGGGAUCGGAACCGGAGUUCUUGAAGGGCAGAACGCUUGAAGAGACGUAAGUUGCCGUUGUAGACUCCCCAAAAGAAUACGAAUCUGCCUCGUCGACUAACUUUUUUCCACAGUCAUUACUACAGGGCGUAGAUUUAUCUAUUUUAUUAUGGCGAGACGGAUGUCGUUCGGUUUGAGUUAGUACUGUAAUUUACUUAGAAUCGGAUGCUCUUUUUAUUUUAUUUUUCAUUUUCGUUUUCUUUCCCCUCUUUCUUAGAUGUUGCCGCGUUGAGGCUUUCGUGGUCUGCAGGGCUCUUUGAGAAGGCGAGUUUUAUCAUGCUUUUGAUGUCCCCCCUUGCUCAUUUAGCUCUGGGGAGUGCUUUGUAGUGCUAGAGAGCGAUACGAUAUCCGCCUUGGUCUAUGUGACAGGCUGGUAGAGUCUAGGCCGAAAGUAAGGAAGGAAAACUCCUAAGCCCGGUGCAUUUACAAG